AUGCGCGGCAGCCCGUACCCGCCCCGGGCCAGCGCCAACACCGCCGCCAUGCGCGCACCCGAACCGCCCAAGCGCAAGGUCUUCAACUGCAUAGUCGACGACACGGCCCUGAUCGCCGGCGUCAAGAAGAGCACCCGUGACGGAAUCCGCAAGUGGGUUUCGCAGGGCGCCAUCUGCAUCUUCGUCCCGCUGCACACACUCACUGCCCUCCACCGCCUCAAGAACGGCAACGAGCGCAUCAACGCAGAUGCCCGCGAGGCUGUCAAAUGGCUGGACGACAUCACCUCCAUGUCUUCGGCCGACGCGGCCGACCGUGUGCUGCUCGAGGGCGUCGAGGAAGCAUACUCCACCUGGGACCAAGUGGAGAAGUUCAUGCUGCCCGACACACUUCUCUCCAUGGACGAUAGCGAGUCCGACGACGACGACUACCACGAGGAUCUGGAGAGCUCGUUCAAUGCACUCGAAAUGUCCGACGAAACUUCCAUCAGCUCCACCCAUAGCCUCGAAGACGCUGCGCCAAAGACGCCAGAGUCCCCGCGCCCGCUCUUGAGCAAAAGCAAGCUCGGCCAGCACCAAGACGCUGCAUGCAACGAGGACGUGAACGCCAUUGCAUUGGAGUCGCCCGACCGCACUGCGCGCAACAGUGCGGAGCUGUCUCGUGGAGGACGCUCGCCUAAGCGUGCUGUACCUGCCUAUCUGAAGCCGCUAUUCAACCACGUCCUGUGGCGCAUCAACAAAGAGUCGAACCCGGACGCUGCGCUUGCCUCGUACAUUCUCCUCACAAACGAUCCUACCAAGCAGAUGAUUGCUUCCAAGUUCGGCAUCCGUGCCAAGCGUCUUGAGCAGCUUCGCGACACGGUCGCCCGCGAGGAUCGAGAGUACAAGAAUCACUUGACUCUGCACAGGAUCGAGUCAGAGUCCAGCCCCGCAAAGAAGACUGCGCCUGCUGUACCCAAAGCCGCCGAGCGCCCCAACUCCAGCCACUCCAGCCAAGAUAAGCUAGAAGACCGCUCCGACGACGAGGAUGUGGUUUUGUUUCAGCGUGCGCCCCGUGGUCCUGCGGCAACGACGAACACCCAGCGCGUUUGGGAUCCUAACGAUUUCGGCCGUAUCAAACAACAGCAGUCGCCUCGGGGAGGUCGUGGGGGACAUGCUGGACCUCGAGGUCGUGGUGUGCCAUCUUCUCGAGGUCGCGGCGGCGCCUUUGUCCCUCGUGGAGCGUACGCUCCACCAGGACCGCCAGUUCGCGCCCCGCCAGUCCCUCGUCACGACCCGAAUGCACCUAUUGAUCCGAACUCAUACGCUCGCCCAGUCACGCGGCCAAGCCCGGCGCGUGGUGGAGGUGGACGGAAGCUUUGGGAGCCGAACUAG